GAGAAAAUCAAGUCCAUUUCGUUUGACCUUUGUCAGUAAGUCAGUCGGUUGAGUCGGUUUCUCCCCGUACAUAAUAAUAAUAUUUUUGUGAUAAGACAAGACUGAACGAUGGAUAAACCCACACAUAAUGAUAGGGAAAAUCCUGUUCCAACGAAAGGUUGUGAAAAUGAAGAAAGAUGGAAACGAGUGGAAAUUCAGUGGGUGGAGUCAACGCAGUCAGAAAUGUAGCUUGUCCCCCUGCAUUUCUCAAUGUCAAGUUGGAAAGUUUUGCGAAUCUCACGCUCCCAGAGAAAUACUAUUACUUCAGGACAUUGGAGCUACCCCCCCUAUUCUGGCUUUACUAAAUCCUUAUCCCACAGCCACCCCCUACACAGAUAGUAAGAUAAGGCAGAAGUUGGGUAAUUGCGGGAUUAAGAAAACGAGGGGAGGAAAAGAAGUUAUUGGGGGCUCCGAAAUUCGAAAUCAAAGUGUCCUACUCUAUGAGUACGUUGUAAAGAAGAGGACUGAUGAAGAGGAAACUUUUUUGAAAAUAAUUGGACGGUGGCCUUAUCAGAACGACAAUAACAAAGUCCAUGAUUCUGUAUAUUUGGCUGUGUCCUUGAUGGUGAUGAUAAAAGGAGGUGCAACUCUACUCAAUUCGCGAAUACUCUUCUUUACUGGUGACGCAGUCUGGGUCAAGUCAUUUUUGAACGGAAAUGGGGUUACGUUCAACAAAGGAGAAGAAGUUGAAAACGUAUCCGUCAAUCCUCCAGGCGUAUCGGGGGAAAUAAAUCGUUCUCUCCCAUAUGUAUAUCUUGGACGAAAUGAUAAUGGAGAAUUUUACACUGGGGUGCAAAAUCAAAUCACUCAAUCUGUGUCUGGGGCGAAAUCUCCAUAUCACGUUUUAAUGAAGGCAGAAACGGGGAUGGACCACUUUGAAGACGAUGAAGACAUGACAAUUUUUCAAAGUCCCAUUCCAAAGUUGUUGCGAAAUGUCGUGUCUCACAACCAAAGGAGUAAAUUUAGCACAGAAAAGGAAGAAGAAUUUAGCAAAAUGGAAAUAGCUGCCAAGAAGUACGAAACACUCGUCCACGUUGCCUUGAAAAUUGCAGAAAUUGUUGGCCAGACCUACAAGGGUGCUUUUGUGAAAGGAGUCCCUAAGCAAAUGACUCAUUUUAAUGGUGCUAUAGAUGUUGUUGAUCUCAAAGCUGUGUAUGCCUUUAUGUUUGAAACCAGUCUUGUCAUUAGUGAGGUUAGUCAGUUGGAGAAAGGUCUGGACGAGAAAGUUGUUAUUAAUGUUAUUAAUGUUGUUAUUAAUUAAAUACCAAAGCCAGCAAUGCUCCGUUCAAGAAGUUCAGGUGAAUGCGAAAUAGUGCUGUCACGAACCUAGACGGCGUAAAAUAAAUUGUAUCAUAUAAACAAUGAUGCCUGAAUUCGAUGCAAA